AUGCACGUGUACCAUGUGGCGUCAUCGACAGUAAACCCGCUGACAUUCCAAGAUCUGUUCCAGUUCGUCUUCCACCACUUCUCAGGAUCGCCGGUGAUCGACGCGGUGGGGCAGCCCAUCCGGGUGCGCCCGAUGCAGUUCUGCGACAACAUGGAGCAGUAUGCCAGCGACACGGAGACGAACGCGACGCUAACGCGGUGGGCGAGGCGCCCAGCGUCCGCCGAGCGGCUCCGCAAGGCCGUCAUCGCACAGAUCAUGCACCUCGGCCGCAUCUAUGAGCCCUACACCUUCUACUGCGGCAGGUUCGAUAUCGCCAACACUGAGGCGCUUGUCGCGGAGAUGUCGGAGGAUUACUUCAUCAACGUACACGUCCCCGGAGUGAGGAAGCACGUUAUGAAAGCUAGAGGCUCUUCGCCUUAA